AUGGUAAGGGGAGAUCCAACAUUGGUCAGAGGACAAGCUGUGAUGAAAUACUCUGGUAUAUUUCUGUGUAUCCUUGGUGUAGCGUGGGGUCAGGACUCUCUGUGUGACGACAUAGACAUGGAUGUAUGUCGAACAUUCAAUCUUCACGUCAACAUAUGUGCGGAUCCGUGUCUUUCUAAACUCUGUCCUAGGACCUGCGACAAGUGUCCUAGAAAGUGCUACAGUUGUAACGAUGUUUCCUCGUUGGAUAGGUGUAAUACAACACGUAUAUGUCCGGACCGUACCUAUAAAUGCUUAGUACAUGAAGGAAUAGCCUCGGACUUCUCGAUUACCUACCAGCUUGGAUGUGCCACAGAUCUAGUGUGUUCUAGUUUAUUUGGUGAUGGAAGUGUAUUAGGCAGAAAGAGAAGGGGUAUAAAUGGAGAAUGCUGUAAUACUGACCUGUGCAACAAGCAUGAUCCAACUAAAAAGAGGCAGAUAGUCAUCAGUUUAAUAACUACCACAGAAGCCAGUACAACAAACCUGACUGAUUUAACCACUGUAUCUACCACGGCCAUACCAACGAUUGGUUCUCCAUCCCCAACAUUACCCCCAAUCAAUACACAAACAACUUGUGCUGAUAUCGACACGGCUGCCUGUCAAAAACUUGCUUUUCUGAAGAGGGACAUGUGUAAUGAUGACUGUUUGGUCCAAGCCUGUCCACGCACCUGUGGGAAAUGCCCUGAGUGUUAUUCCUGCAUUUUUACGGAAGCUCCAGAAAACUGUACAGAUAGAACAAUCUGCUUACAGGGUGAGAAAUGUUAUGUAGUGGAAGAGUACUUGGAUAGUGGGAAACAUGGAUACCGUGCUGGAUGUCUUCAAGAGAAUGUGUGUUCAAAGUUCCAUUUAAACGCUGGCAAUGUCUUUGGACGAAGAAGCGACUACUUAACUCUGAUUUUAGCUGGAGAUUGCUGCAAUGGAGACUUAUGUAAUCACCACACCAUUACCCACACUACGACAACCACAACAUCAACCACACACGCGCCAUCACAAACUCAAUCUACCACCGCCCCUCCAGACGGAUGUAUGUAUUUACCGGGACAUCACUGCCCUACUGGUUUUAGUCUUGUGGGUGGAAAAUGUCUUUUGAUAGGGUCACAAUUGUCAACAUACGACAGUGCAAAGAUCUCGUGCAAGUAUCAUUGCUCAAGUCUGAUGGAAAAUAUAUCAGACCGUGACGUAGACAGCAUCCGUAUAUUGAUGGAUAGCAUGUUUUGGGGCGUAGUCAUCCAGUUUAUUGGAAUAUGGUCCCAGCAGCUCUGUGACGAUGUGGAUGAUCAAGUGUGUCAAGGCUUUGCUGCCAAUAUCAACAUCUGUAGUGAUCCCUGCUUAUCAAAACUCUGUCCAAGAACAUGCAAUCUUUGUCCACUCAAAUGUUACCAUUGUGAUGGAGUUUCCUCGCCUUCAAUGUGCAACACCACCAUGAUUUGUACAGACAAAUCUUACUCCUGUAUCGUAACUGAGUCAUUAGGAGCCGAUUUCUCCAUCAAUUACAGACAAGGCUGCGCCAGUUCAGAUGUCUGUACACGACUUUUUGGAUCUGGAACACCGACACUCAUUGGACGUAGGUCAAACCUUGAGGGUGAAUGUUGUGAUAGCGACCUUUGUAACAGAAAUCGUCCCGUAGGUAAAAGACAGGUAGACUUCUUUCCUACGACAACCACAAUGCGUCCGAGAACGACAACACCUACGUUUGGAACAACCACACCCCCAAUGAUGACCACAAUGCGUCCACGAACGACAACUCCUACGUUUGCAACUCAAACAACAACGCCUCCUAUGACGUCAACACCACCAAUGAUGACGACUUCCCAACAACCUAAUUUAUCCUCUAAGUGUGAUGAUAUCGAUCAUGCAUCUUGCCAGCGUCUCGCCACGAUCAAACGAAACAUGUGUACCGAUGACUGUAUGGUACAAGCCUGCCCCAGAACAUGUGGAAAAUGCGCCGAAUGUUACUCGUGUCAACAUGUCUCAAGUCCUGCUAACUGCACAAACCAUGCUGUUUGUGAACCAGGGGAGAAAUGCUACGUCCUGAAAACAUUGAGCUUUAGCGGUGAGCAAGGAUAUAAAAUGGGAUGCAUGCUUGACAGUGUAUGCAAGCAGUUUAACACUCAGGCUGGGAAUGUGUUUGGUAAGAGGAAUGAUCCUGUUGAGCUCUCUGUUGAUGGUGAUUGUUGCACAGGGGAUCUUUGUAACCACGUGGCACUAACACAUGGAUCAACAUUCACCACCAAGGCACCACCAACUGGAGCUGGGUGCCGGUACACAGCUGCCAAUCACCAUUGUCCUACAAAUUUUCACUUGGUGGAUGGAAAAUGUAUGAUGGUUGGACCAAUCCAAAUGUCAUAUGCUAAAGCCGAGGCCUACUGCCAUAGUCAUUGCUCCAUUUUGAUGGAAAAUUUCUCAGGAAAGGAAGCACGUGCUAUAUCGUAUUUCGUUCAAACACAGUUACGUGGUCGAUCAAAUUAUGUAUAUAUUGGAGCCCAGGAUGCUGACCAUGAUGGGGAUUACAACUGGAACCUAGCGGGAACUGUAGUAGCUCACUCUUCGACCCCCGUGAGUGGACAUUACUGUCUGACUUACUCUGCAUCAACAAGAGGAGUACAUCCGGUCUCGUGUUCGUCACUUCACUACUUCCUCUGUCAAGCACAAAUGAAAUAAA